AUGCGCAUCAAGAUCGGAGCCAAGAUCGAGUGGUACCGCGGCGACGGCACGAUCUUCGAGAACGGCACCUCUACCGAGUCGGCGUUGAUGGCUGACGGCAAGCGGAGUGUGGCGCGCUCCACCCUGGUCACCAACGCCGCCGGCACGGGCAGCGACGCCACCCAGAUAAACGUGCUCUACGCACCGCGCUUCCGCACCGAGCCGCGGGACGUGGCCGCGGACGCGGGCCAGGAGGCGACCCUGCUCUGCGACGUGGACGCCAACCCAGCGCCCGAGGUCAGCUGGGUCAGGCGCGAGUGCGACGCCUGUCCGGAGCCGGUGGGCACCGGCCGCCGCCUGACGCUGGUCGCCUCCGUUGACACGGUUGGCCUCUACGAGUGCUGUACCUCGGGCGAGCACCACCCGGUCGUGUCGCGCCAGAUUCGCCUCUUCGUGCCCGCGCCGCCGCGCGUCACGGCGCCGCCGACCCAGCGCGGCACGGCCGGCCAGCUGGUGCGCCUCAAGUGCAGCGUGGCGAGCGUGCCACCAUCCACGGCCGUCACCUGGCUCUUCAACAACCAGCCCGUGCCGCUCGACGCCGGCCACUGCGCCGUGCUGGAGGAGGUCGUCGUGGGCGGCAUCCGCAGCUUGCUCGUGAUCCCCGACGCCCGUGAGGAGGACUUCGGCCUGUACAACUGCUCCGGCACCAACACCUACGGCACGGACUCGGCGUCCGUCAUCCUGGAGAAGCAGCGAGAGCUUCCGCUGCUCGUCAUCCUGACCAUCGUGAUUGGGGGCAUCGUCGUCAGCACCACCAUCAUCCUGGUGAUCGGCAUGUGCCAGCGUCAUCGCUGCCCUUCUAAGGACGCGUCGACAGUCGCCGUGGUGGUGGGGCGUUCCCUCGUCUUGACGGCUCCACCCGCCCGCGGAGCUAGUGGCGUUUGACAAGACGGCCAAGCCAACGGCGGACGCCAACUCAUCGGGCUCCGACCUCAAGGUCGAGAUCGGCACGUCGUCGUCCGGGCCGGGUCAAGUGGUCGCAGACCGCUGGGACGGCGCCCACUACCCGGGCUACCGCGCUCUCUACGAGCAGCACAGCGACGAGCGUGCCUUCCUGCCCUUCGACAAGGAGGCGGUGCCGCAGAACGGCACGGGAAUGUACCAGAGCGGCUGCCUGCACAAGCAGGGCGGCCAGCCG